AAAUACAUAUGAAUUUAAAUUGAACUUGCAGAAUUUGAAAGUAAUUUGGACAAAUCUAUAGAAUUGUGUUAUUAGUUUUAUCAAUGCACUAUUUUCCACCCCUCAUUAGCGUGUAAAUAUGCUCUACUAUGACCCAAUAAAGAAAGCGGUAUGUAAUUGGAUUACAGCAGUUUUUCCCCGCAACCACUCUGCAUAUCUGCUGGUUCUCACAGUGAUAGUCUUCAAGUGUGGCGUUUUCUCUAUUAGUUGUAAAAAAGAAAUUGGUGGCAAUAGUAAACAUUUGGAGCAAAAAUAUAAUGCAUUUUCAGCAAAUUUUGUAUCUCGGUGCCAUUGUCAUCGCCUUUUUGGCUUUUUUGUGGUUUACAUUUGUUUCGUUGUUUGGCGAUAACACACCAAAUGAGCUAAGCCCUCAAGCGGGCUACGCUUUCGACUACAUAGUGGUUGGUGCUGGAACUGCGGGUUCAGUGGUGGCUUCAUUGCUCGCCAAGCAUAGUCCAACCUCAACGGUGCUGCUCAUUGAAGCGGGGGAUUCAUUUGGUUUGUUGAGUAAAAUACCUUUGUUGACCACUUUCCAGCAAAAAGGUCUGAACGAUUGGGGAUUUCUAUCAGAACCCCAGGUUUAUUCUUCGCGCGGACUUGGAGAACAGCGGCAGUACUUGCCUCGUGGUAAAGGACUUGGUGGUUCUUCCAUGUUGAAUUAUAUGCUGCAUUUCGAUGGAGAACCUCGUGAUUUUGAAAGAUGGAGCAGUAGACACAAUUUGACUGAUUGGCGAUGGAAGGACAUACGACCUUUCCUAACUGCGGUUCGUACACAGACUCAUUCUCUUUUAGAGAUAUCAUCGGACUAUUCGAAAAUAACGGAGGCUCUAUACAAUUUGAAAAAGGAAUUUUCGAGAAAAAAUUGGCGGUUUCGACGUGCUCGGUAUACAAUUAAAAAUGGGCUGCGUCACAAUGUAUUUCAUCAAUUUUUGUUGCCGUCUCUCAAGCGUCGUAAUCUCUUUACGCUUACCAAUGCGUAUUUAAAACGAUUGAACCUCGUUUACAUCGACGAAGAAAAGAGUGAGGUGCAGACUAUUUUAGUUGGCGUGAUGGACAAGAAAAAUCAUGAGGAGUAUGUUUUCAGUGUAGAUGUGCAAUGUGAGGUGAUACUUUGCGCCGGCGCUUAUCAAUCUCCACAAAUACUACUGGCGUCUGGUAUUGGCGAUGCCACUCUGUUUGAAACAUUGGGUAUGCGGCAACAGUUACAAUUACCAUUGGUGGGCGAAAAUCUACACGAUCAUCUUAAUCUGCCACUUUUUGUAUCCAUUGAUACGGUGGGCCCAACACUAAAUCAACGCUCCCUGCUUAAUCCCCUCCAAAUUUUGAACUAUUUGAUAAACGGCUAUGGUCAUUUGGGUAAUUUCGGUGUUUUGGGUCACAUCGAUUCCAGCUACGAGGAUAGCUUUGGUUUGACUUUUUUUGGUGUUGGCGCGGUGGAAGAAAGUGCUUUAAUGUCAAUUUCCAAUUUUAAACAGGAGUAUUUUCGUGCACUCUUUCCCCGUUAUCACAAUAGUUCACAGGAGGGAUUUGUGCUGAUAUCCACUUGUCUGCAGCCGAAAUCACGUGGCACUGUUUCUAUCAGGAUACCCAAUACCCGUUGGAAACCAAUUAUCGAUCCGAACUAUCUACGGGAGGCCGGUGAUAUUGACUGUACGAUUCGCGCUAUACGCGCGGCCGUGGAGGUCAUGAAGUCGGCAAGCUUUGCUUCCCUAAAUCCGCGCAUCCAUUGGCCCAAGAUUGAUGAGUGCAAAAAGUAUGGACCAACGGAGAAAGAUUUUGUGGAAAAUAUGCCGACAGACAGGUAUUUGGAGUGUGUAAUAAGAUAUGUGGGGCUGGGGUCACAUCAUCCAGGCGGAACUUGUGUAAUGGGCACAGCAGCAAAUAACAGUGUCGUGGAUUCUCAGUUCAAGGUCCACGGAAUUGACAAUAUGCGUGUAAUCGAUGCAAGUGUAUUACCAACGCCCAUUUCUGGCAAUCCCAAUUCUGUGAUAAUUGGUAUGGCGAUUCGAGGCGCCACAAUAAUUCUACAGAAGGAAAAAAUUAAAAAGAAAUGAUGAUGCAUGCGGUCACAUACAAACAUAUACCAUAUAUUAUAUGCACAGCUAUGUACAUAUGUAUUUUAGAAUCUCCAAACUUCUGCAAAUAUGAAAUAUGAAUAAACAUCUAGAUUCAACCGUCUAAGCAAAGAAUUACAAUUUCGCAAUUUCACAAAUACCAA